GUUUGUUUGUUUUGAUCAUGUUUUCGGCCAAAACGCGGCGCUAUUGAUUCAGUUUUAAAUCAUUAAUUUUUUUAUCUAAAUUUACCAUUGUUUGAGUGUUUUCACAUAAUGCUGUCUCUUUCUGUUCAUCAUAAUAAUCAUAAAGCAUUUUUCAAAAUGUUUUGUCGGUUUAGUGGUGGUAUCAUUUUAAAAUGGUGUAUUCAAAUCAUCAUUUUGUUAAUAUUCCACACGUUAAUUAUUAACGGAAAUGAAUCACCAUUACUUUUGAAACAAUUUGCUCAUUUAAGUUCGCUAAAAGGAUCAGAUAUAGUGUUCACUUGUAAUGUGGCCAAAGGAACGAAACCUUUUCAAUUCCAAUGGCAUAGAAAUAAUGUUGAACUUCGAGAUCAUAAACGAUCCAGAAUUGAAUCAAAAGAUAUUUACUCAUUGCUGACAUUGUAUAACAUUGAUGUCGAAGACAUUGGAAAUUAUUCAUGCAUUGUUACGAAUCAAUUUGGUUUCGAUAAACUUUUGUUUCAUCUAGAUGUAACAGAGAAAAUGUUUCUUAUAUGUUUCAAUGUCAUGUCAUAUCGGAUUCUAAACCAAUAUACUUCGAAUGGCUGAAAGAUAAUCAUCCACUCGUAGCCACUAGCCAUUCGUUGUUGUCUGAAUAUAAAAUUGACCAUUAUGAAACAUGGUCAACAUUAACAUUUAAA